AAACUAGUUUUGAGACAAUGAAAUGUGACUUAACCCCAUAUUUUUUUGAGGUUAUAUUUACUAUUUUUUGAAAAUAUGGCUUCUUCCAAGUCAAUUAUAGAGGGUUUAGCGAAAAUAACAACACUUGGAAGUGUAUUUUACAAUCCAGUGCAAGAAUUUAAUAGAGAUUUAAGUUUGACAGUUAUAAGUACUUUCGCGAAAAAGUAUAUUCCAUGGAAAAAGGAGAAUAAAAGAAAGGAGGAAGAUAUUGUGACAGCAAUAGACGAGCCCAGAGAAGCUGGUAUAAAAUAUGAUGAUGGUAUUUAUUUGCUAGAAGCCUUAUCAGCAACAGGUUUGAGAAGUAUACGAUAUGCUAAGGAAAUACCAGGUAUUAAAGAAAUUGUAGCAAAUGAUAUUUCCAUUAAGGCAGUUGAGGAUAUUAAGAGGAAUGUUGAAGAAAAUAAUGUUAAUCAUCUUGUUACACCAGCUCAAAAUGAUGCAACUUUGUUAAUGUAUGCACACAAGAGAGAUAAUCAAUUUGAUGUAAUUGAUUUGGAUCCUUACGGUUGUCCUUCAAUAUUCCUUGAUUCUGCCAUACAAGCAGUUAAAGAUGGGGGUCUUUUAUUAGUGACAGCUACAGAUAUGGCAGUUUUAGCUGGUAAUUCACCUGAAACCUGUUAUUCAAAAUAUGGGGCCAUAUCCUUAAAAUCAAAAUACUGUCAUGAAAUGUCUUUGAGGAUCCUUUUACAAUGCAUUGAGUCACAUGCUAAUAGAUAUGGAAGAUAUAUUGUACCUUUGUUGUCUUUAUCGGCUGAUUUUUAUGUUAGAGUUUUUGUUAAGGUAUUUUCUGGAGCUCACAAGUGCAAAUUUAGUACAAGUAAAUUAUCCUACGUGUUCAACUGUACAGGCUGUGAUAGCUUUGAACUACAACCUUUGGGUGUUUUAAAGAAAAACGAAAAAAACCCUAAAAAUGUUAAGUUUUCAAUUCCGACUGGUCCAAGUGUUAAUAAAAAAUGCCAGCACUGCAAUCAAUCGUACCACAUGGGUGGGCCAAUUUGGUCAGCCCCCCUCCACGACCCCGCUUUCGUUAGUGAUGUUUUAAUGUCUGCUUCGGAUAAAUUGGGCACAUUCAAAAGAAUACACGGAGUUUUAAGUGUUAUAAGCGAGGAAUUAGUUGAUCAACCUCUUUACUACGUUCUUGACAAACUAGCCGGUACUUUACACGUCUCAACGCCACCUGUCAUGACAAUCAGGUCAGCCAUUUUAAACGCUGGAUAUAAGGUUUCAUUCACUCAUAUGCAUAAAACAUCUUUGAAAACUGACGCUCCCGCCACAGUGAUAUGGGAUAUAAUGCGGUGUUGGCAAAAGUUAAACCCGGUAUCAGAGAAAAGGUUGCACGAAAAUUCCCCAGCCAAAAAUAUAUUGGACAAACAGCCGGAAAAAGAAUACGACUUUACACAUCAUCCGGAUGCCAAUCCCGCAUCCCGAAAAAUGGGCUUUUUGAGAUUCCAGGAAAACCCCUUGCCGUUUUGGGGACCUGGAACCAGAUCUACAGCAAUGGUUGGUGAUGCAAAAAUGGUAAAAAGCAAGAAAAACCAAGGAAAAAGAAAAAGAGAAGAGGAAUCGCCAGAAAAUACAGAAGAUAAUUUAGUAUAAAUUAUAUUGUUUUCUUGUAUAUUACACAUUUUAAAAUAAACCUAAAACUUAAAUACAAUGGUCAUUGAGAUUCCCUGUUAUUAAUAAAAUCAAAAUAUUGCAAAUCCCGAUUCUUUACACCCUCAAUUACUUUCAAGAUAUCUUGCAACAUGCUAUCAUGGACGUCUUUGAUGGGUUUGUUGGCAUCAACCAAUUUCCAGGUGUCUUCUUUGGUACACAUAUCACUGAACAUUUCCUUUACCUUUUUCUGUAUUUCACUUUUUUCAUACCUCUCAUUUCCAAAUCCAGGCCUUUGAGAUAAAGCUUCAUCAUCAACCAUUAGCAAAAAAGUAAGAUCUGGUUUGGGCAAACCUGAUUCUGGCAUUUUACACCAUUCGAGACUCAUAUCUAAAAAGCA